AUACAGCGAGCAAAGGGAAGAGGAAUAAUGAGAGUAAAAUGUAAAAAGUCUGGAAAACCUUUGGAAAAGACAACAGCCAAAGUUUCAAAUAUGGAUGGAGGCAGGAGCAGGUUUUAAUUACACAUUGUUAGAAAUAAACUGCAGAAAGUUUUGUUGCAAUUCGUUGUAGUUUUGUCUAUCACCAUUUGUUGUCAGGCUCAAAAAUUAGGUAGACACGAGAGGUUUUUGCAUAAAAGUUGUAAAAUAUUGUCACUAACCCACCCCCACACACCCAUUUUAUUUCACACUGACAAAAGCUGAGAUGAAUGAGUUGUCUAGCCCUUCCCACUUUGUAUAGCCAUUGGCUGGCUUGGUUCUAAAAGGGAUUUUAAAAAGGGGAAUAAUGUGCCUUAGCCUGGGAUCUGAGCCUGUCAGGGUGCUGAAAAGCUGAUCUGUGAGCUGCCACCAUGCAGAUCUGCUGGGCUGUGUGUGCUGUCUGUGUCGUGACACAAAUCACAUUCCAGUCGGUGCAAGGCUGGCAGAUGUUUAAAAAUGAUGCUACAGAAAUCAUCCCUGAGAUCUCUGAAAACACAGAAACACCGAUGGAGCCGACCCUCAGCAACAACAACACAAUGAACCAGGCAAAGCAUGGAGGAAGACACAUACAGCAAGCUCCAGACCCUAACGACGCUGCCGAGUUCAGCUGCAGGGAGAUGCGCACCACGCGGUACCUGACGGACGGGCCGUGCCGCAGCCUGAAGCCCGUCAAGGAGCUGCUCUGCUCGGGCCACUGCGAGCCCUCGCACCUCCUGCCCAACUCCAUCGGCAGGGGCAAGUGGUGGCGGCAGAGCUCGCUGGAUUUCCGCUGCAUCCCCGCGCACACCCGCACGCAGCGCGUCCUCAUGGCCUGUCCGCAGCAGGAGACCCGGACUCACAAAUUCCGGGCGGCCACGGCCUGCAAGUGCAAGCGCUACACCCGCUACCACAACCAGUCCGAGCUCAAGGACUUCGGCAAGGACAGCGCCCGGCCCCAGAAGAACAAGAAGCCUCAUCUGUCCAGAGCCAGGAGCGGCAAAUCCAACCAGCACGAGCUGGAAAAUGCUUAUUAGGAGGUGGCUGUGGGUGGCACAGGCUGGCAGCUCUGGAUGUUCUCUAAACCAUCAAAAGGCACUCAGAGGCCACAGCGCGAUGUUCUGACUGCAGCAGGUUCCAAUUCCUUCUGCUAAGCUGGGUCAAAGGCUCACGUAGGCAAAAAUCUGUCAGAUUGUAGCACUUAUGGUCUGAUAAGAGAAUGAGAUAAAGGGAGCUGGAGGCAGCCCUUGGAGGUCCAUGCGAGUUUGUGUGUCCUGUACGAGCAGGGAGGCAGAGGAGAGUGAGGCUGUUGUGGUGACACUCACGCUUUGCUAGAAACCAUUCCACAUAAACCAUUCCACAGAAACCAUUCCACAGAAACCAUUCCACAGAAAUCACUCCACAGAAACCAUUCCACAGAAAUCACUCCACAGAAACCAUUCCACAGAAAUCACUCCACAGAAAUCACUCCACAGAAACUAUUCCACAGAAAUCAUUCCACAGAGAUCAUUCCACAGAAAUCACUCCACAGAAACUAUUCCACAGAAAUCAUUCCACAGAGAUCAUUCCACAGAAAUCAUUCCACAGAGAUCAUUCCACAGAAACCAUUCCACAGAAAUCACUCCACAGAAAUCACUCCACAGAAACCAUUCCACAGAAAUCAUUCCACAGAGAUCAUUCCACAGAAACCAUUCCACAGAGAUCACUCCACAGAAAUCAUUUCACAGAAAUCACUCCACAGAAACCAUUCCACAGAAAUCACUCCACAGAAAUCAUUCCACAGAAACCAUUCCACAGAAAUCACUCCACAGAAACCAUUCCACAGAGAUCAUUUCACAGAAAUCACUCCACAGAAAUCACUCCACAGAAAUCAUUCCACAGAAAUCAUUUCACAGAAAUCAAUUAUUCCACUCACUUCAUGUGAAAAGAAUCCUGAGAUCCCAUUCCCAGGCAAUGAUGCAGGCCAAGCUUGCAAUUAGGGGAACACCAGCAGAGUUAGCACUCUCUGAGGUAGCAGGGAUUUCAAGUUAUGGUGAAUGAAGUCAAAUUGGUGGAAAAUUAACACCAAUGACACCAAUUAUCAGAUGUCCUCAAGCACCAGGGGUUUCCUCUCAAACACAGAAAUCAAAAUAUGACACCAGUGUUGUCCAAACAGAAGUGAAAGUGUGACAAAUCUACUUCAUACUUUUAAUUAAAAAAUUAUGGGUUCAACAAAUUCAAAACUGAGAUUUGGCAACUAAAACUAUGUUGAUUUAGGAACAGUGAUUUGUUUUAGGGACAAUUCAACAAAUUCUCCCAAGUGGAGCAGAUUUAUGAAAAAGAUGCUCCUUUCAAACCAGAAAACCUCACUGAUGUUUGUCCUGUCAACAGCUAACACUAUACAUAGUUUAACAUAGAAGAUACUGAAUAUUCCUUAUUUCCUAGAACAUGUUUGGCUUUAAUAUCAGCUUAGAUACAUCCAUUUACAUUUUCUAUUCUGUAGAGUUUGGAUUAUCUGGCCACACACUCUGUAGCACUAAAACCAAGCUCUGUGAGUAAGGUGGUGGUUCUGCAUUAAAAGUGAGCCUCUGCUAAGUCAUGAAUCCUCUAGAAAAGUCUUUAGGAUAAAAAAAGCUUUGAUAAGUCUUUCCUUUGGCAGCAAUUUUCCUUUACUUAGCUUCUCAACACUCAGACUAAUGUUUGUGUUUUUGCAUUAAAGAAUAUUGUUAGAAAGUGAAUUGUCACAUACUUUAUAUGUCCUGUAGAAUUUAUGCUCAAAUAAUAUAAACUGUGGAAAUUUGCAAUGUUGAUAGAUUUAUUUUAUGUGGGACCAGAACCUAGAGAGAAAAGGUGUCAUUUCAGAGAGUGAAUUACAUAUUUAUUAUUUUUUUCCAGAAAUUAUUUAUGCAAUGUUUUAACUUGUAGAGAACAAGACGUAAUACUGCUUUAAAAAUAAUUGUCUGUUCUUUUUAAUUUUAAAUACAUUGUUAAUAAAGUAGAAACAAUGAUUAAUUAUAGAAUGACUCAUUGAUUUUUCAGCUACAGUAUAAAGCUGAUUUCCUGCAAAGCCAGGGAUUUACAGAAGGGUCAGGGUGCCAAGUCCAGUCUCUGUGGUCAAACGUGUCAAGAUCCUUAAUUCCAAUAACCCACAAAUCCCUAAAGAAAUUCCAUCCUGGAACUUGCUCUGGUCCAGGAUGUUUCUCAUGGGCAGAUGAGCAGCUCAGAAUUAUUUCUGUAUCCUCAUUUCUGUUUCCCCUGGGCAUUUCCUGAUUUGUGUGUUCACAGCCAGGUAAAGCCACCAAAGAAAACAAUAAAUUUGUGAACUGUCAAUCAAAUCAAGAGCUCUGGAUCGAAAUCUGAUUGCUUCAGAUUUCUUUUAUUGGAAAAAAAAAAAAAUGGAAAAGAAGUGUGGAACUCCUUGCAAGUGCUGCCCAGCAACAGUUUAAAAUUUUUACAGUUUGGUAUUGUAGACCUAUGCUCAUUUUCUUUUAGUUUUUAAGAAACAUUUUCCAAUAAAGUCAGAGAAAACUGAGCUUGGGCUGCACACAGCAUGCAGGUCUUUCAGUGCAGAUCUGAAGAUGAGGAGCUUUCUCAAAACAACCAGCAUAGGAAUUGUCCUUUCCUUACUAAGACAUGAUACGCCAUAUAAAACCCCAAAAUAAACCAUUGUCACAACCACAACAUUUUCCAGACUUAUCUUUGACACUUAGGCCUAAUUUUCAGAAUUCAUGAGCACCUGCAAGCACUGCUGAAGUGAGAAAAGCAGCUCAGUUCUCUGGAAAGCUGUUCCACAGUCUCUCAAGCAUUUGAAAUCAAUGAAAUGUUGUUUUUUAAAUAUUGGUUGUGAUUAGCCAGUGAAGGAGACUUGCUUCACUUCAUCUCAGGCUUCAUCUUGGGUUUCAGGCACUUCAGGAGCAG